AAAGAUUAUACUAUGCUUUCUUUCUCUUCGUUAGAUAUACACUUUUGUACAGUAUAGCUUCAGGAUUUCGCUAGCCCUGUCCUAACUAACUUGGAGGCCUUGCCCUUGCUGAAAGUUCAUAUCAGCUAGGGAAUAAAAACACUUAUGUCCGAAGGGGGCGACGAUAACGACCUCUUUGGCGAGGCGCUGGGCGUCGAGGAGGCCAGCAUCCAGCAGGGAAAGGAAGAUGGCGUCAGGGACGGAAUGCUAGCAGGAAUGGCCGAGGGUCGUGAACUCGGCGUACAGAAAGGCUACGAGAUAGGUCAGGAGGUUGGCUUCUAUGCGGGCUGCGUUCGCAUGUGGCGGGGCAUUCAGGCCAGGGAGCCCGAGCUCCUGACCGCCAGACUGGAGCGAGGAUUGGCCUCCCUGGAGGACAUGAUCCAAGGGUUUCCAUUGUACGACCCGCAGGACGAGUCCCUCCACGAGGCGCUGGAGCGACUGCGAGGCCGGUUUAAGGUGGUGGCCAGCGGGCUGGGGUGCCUGCAGGACUAUUUUCCAAAAGGGGGUUCGGCGGAGGCGACCUUGAGCUUUUGACCUCGGGCACAGCGACAGCUUACCAGCAAGCCCUCCAUGCUCUCCCCGUACGUUGGGGUGCGAGGCAGGGUGGGGGAUGGGGGGACACGCAAACGAGGCGGGAGCACCCAUCCUGUGUUUCCGUGUACAUUGCAUUUUAGUGUAAUUACGGGCGUGCGGUGGUGGCUGGGAAGUGCCUGUGGUGCUCGGAUGGGUACUGGAGCGCCGAGCAUUUCGACGUCAAUAACGGUUACGCGGUAUGCGCCGUGGCCUUUGGGCAAGUAGGGUGCAGUCCGCUGAGGUGAUGGACCUUUAACGAUUUAGAACCCUUACAAUAGAGAACGCAUAGGGGAUAGGGUUGCGUUGGAACCCUGCGGGCUGGUGUGCACGUGCGCAGCAGAUACACCGGAUUCUGCCUUUCGAUGCGUCACGUUUCGAUUCAGAAGCAAAUGUACGCGGAAAUUCCAAGGAUUGUUUUUUGGACUUCCACGGUCAGUCCAUGGAUGUGCAGCCACCCUGUUGGUUUACACAUGUGGUGUAGCCUAGGCCGCGCUGAGAUGUUUUUGCGGCGGUAGCAAGUCAUCUGCGUAGAAAGUUCCUUGGCUUGGGAUUCGUAGCUGAUGGUACGAUGCUUGUAACAUCAUUUUUAUGGUCAG